AUGCAAUUACAGGGGUCUAAGACAGGUAGCGAGGCCAAGUAUGGGCCGCCAACACACGUUAGACGCAAGCCGUAUAAUUUGAUGCUAGAACUCCUUGAAAGCCAGGCGAAUAGGAAAUUGGUGAGCGAGUACCAGGCAGAUGGCACGAAGGUUUUGGCACAGUUGGAGGCGUCACGGGGGGUGAAUCCGGCCAUGAUCGAGUUGCAGCCAGAGAUCCAAUGGUUCAUGAGGCCGUUUUUGUUGGACUUUCUCAUUGAGCUCCACUCGUCGUUCAAAUUACAGCCACAAACAUUGUUUUUAUGCUUGAACAUCAUUGACCGUUACUGUGCUAAGAGAAUUGUGUUCAAGAGGCAUUACCAGCUCGUGGGAUGUACUGCUCUUUGGAUUGCUGGCAAAUACGAAGAUAAAAAGAGCCGGGUGCCUACAUUGAGGGAAUUAUCGAUAAUGUGUCGUAAUGCAUACGACGAGGAGAUGUUUAUCCAGAUGGAGAUGCACAUAUUGGCCACACUCGAGUGGUCAUUGAGCCAUGCAAACUUAGAGGAAUGUUUGCAACUAGCCAUUUCGUCGUGUGACAUCACAACCCACGGCACUCCGUGUAAAUACAAUAAUAUAGAUGACAAGUCGAACACUAUGAAUAAUACAUCCAAGGUGUCUGCUGUGACGGCAGUGGGUCGAUUCUUGUGUGAACUAUCCUUAUAUGAUAAGUUCUUCUUGUCGCUUCCACCAUCACUUAUCGCAGUAACAGCCAACUUGAUGGCUUGUUCCAUGUUACAAAUCCCUAAUGCAUCUGCUUCAUUGCGAGCAAUAUUCAAAAAGUACACAUCUGAAUCUGAAAUCCCCGGGUUUGAUUUCAAUGAAUACGAUGAAAAUUCCGAAAACAGACAACCCGAAGUAGAAGGUCCCUUCUUAAGUGGAUUCGAUUCAUCCUCGCUUAAUACCAUUAGAAAAAUUUGCUUAAUGUUAAUCGUACAAUUAGGAAAGAUUACCGAUGUAUUGUCUAAGAAAUAUGACGAUUUGGGAGUUAUUCAAGUUGUCAAAAACUUUAAUAAUCGCUACAGUUUUGCCGUUUCGGCCAUAUAUGAAAACCAGAAUAUAGUGCAAGAAGCUUCUAUGAUAGAGCUCACAAACUCGAAACUAUAUAAUCUCGCAGAUAUAGUUUUGCAACUCCCUAAUCUGAAUCUCGAAACGAGAAAUGAAAACCACGUUCCUUUAACCCCACCAUCGGCUACCUCACAAUACUCAGUAUUCUCCAAUAAGAGUCUGGUAUCUGUAUGUACACCAAUACAUUCAACCUAUUUGCCUAGUUCAGAAAGAAUGGACGACUUCUCGCCCAUGCAAGAUCCUGGUAACAACGGUUGGUCUUCGCCUGCCUCAUCUGCUAAAAUUCACAUAUAG